AUGGGCAUAGGCAGCAGCAGCCUGGCCGCGCUUGAAACCGACCGCAAUGUGGAAGAGGCUAGUCAAGAGCCCCAACAAGCGCUCUCAAAAACUGUCAAGACAACCCGCCGACGACGCCGUUGGGCCGACCUCAUUGCUAACCCGUUCCGCAGCAGGGCCCCCGAUGCUGACGUCGCCAAGGGUGAUGCGGUGAAAGAUCGGGACCAUGUUGUGCCUAAACGCCGAAAGCAUGAGAGUGCGGACUCGCCCGCCAUCGAGACCGUCUUGGAGGUCCCAGAGCACCAUCUCCAGGAACUACGUGGGCUCCUCGAGAAGUCGCGGCCUUCGGAGGAUGCACCCUUUCAGGUCAGCGGGGAGCUAGGGGUUAAGCUGGCGUCAUAUGCCCAGCAGAAGAUGGGGACCUACGACGCUAUGCGCCAACAAAGCAUCCGCUACGAAGGCUCUCUGGGGUUCGACUUCAUCCGCACCGAGAUGGCGAACGACCUCGAAAUUCGGGCUAACCGGGUUCUGCAACGUCUCAAAAAGAACGAUAUUGCUCGCUUUUACGAAACAGCGCCCAAGAAGCGUGGCUACCGCGGUCAGGAGCACCCCCGCUUCUACGGCGACCACUUUCUCUCCAAUGCGGACCUGAUAGAGCAGACGCAGCUCUUUGCCCUGUGCCGGGCCAUGCCCAAGGGCGCCCAUCUCCACAUUCAUUUCAACGCCAACCUACUCCCCAGCGUUCUGCUCGGCAUUGCCAAGGAUAUGGAGCGCAUGUUCAUCUGGAGCAACAUUGCUCUCGACCGGCCCGAGGCAUAUAACCUCUGCAGGAUACAGUUUAGCAUCAUGAGUGAGGAUACCGUGGUGAAGAGGGGUAAAGGCGACCCGUUUGACGAAAAUUACCAGUGCGGGACCGUGAUGCAGUUUCAGGAGUUCAGGGAGGCAUACCCAGGAGGGCAGGAGGCGGCCGACCAAUUCUUACAGAGCAAGCUUGUUUUCCAGGAGGAAGAAGCUCACAACCUACUUCAAACACCAGAAGGCGCAUGGGAGAAGUUCAAUGCCCGGACGCAAAUGAUGAAGGGCCUAUUCAACUACAAGACCGCCUAUCGGAGGUACACUCGGCAAUGUCUUGAGGAAUUCGUUGACGACAAGAUUCAGUACGCUGAGAUUAGGCCCAACUUCAUGUCCUCAAACCAAGUAUGGGAAGAUGAUGGCUCCUGCCGUGUUGACAAUGUCGGCAUCAUGGAUCUAAUCAUCGACGAGUAUGAAGCCUUCCAAAAGGACCACAAUCGGCAGACUCUCAAAGGCCUCAAGGUCAUCUACUGCACGCCGCGUUCCUUCAGCGAGGAGCAAGUUGGCGAAGCCCUAACGCAAUGCUUCCAGUUCAAGAUGGACGACAAAUUCUCUAAAUACAUUGCCGGCUUUGACCUAGUCGGCGAAGAAAGCAAAGGCAAGCCCCUCAAAGACUUCGCGCAGCAGUUCCUCCAGUUCCAAGCCCUCUGCAAGGCCGCGGGCGUCGACAUCCCGCUGCUCCUGCACUGCGGCGAGACGCUCGACAUCGGCACCGACACCGACGGCAACCUGCUGGACGCCCUGCUGCUCGGCGCGAAGCGCAUCGGCCACGGCUUCGCCCUGCCGCGCCACCCCUACGUCAUGAGCCAGAUGAAGCAGCGCGGCGUCUGCGUCGAGGUCUGCCCCAUCUCCAACGAGAUCCUGGGCCUGACGCCCAGGAUGAGCGGCCAUUCCGUCUAUAACCUGCUGGCGAAUAACGUGCCCUGCACCAUCAGCGCCGAUAACGCGACGCUGUUCAGAUCCCGCCUCUCGCACGACUUUUACCAGGUCAUGGCCGGCAAAUCGGACAUGACGCUACACGGUUUACGCCAGCUUGUCGAGUGGAGUAUCGAUCACUCGUGCAUGGAGCCCAAGUUGAUGAAGGAGGUGCGCGAGAGCUGGGAGGAGAUGUGGUAUGAGUUUUGCCAGGAGAUCGUUGACGGCAAGUUCACGCUCGAGGAUGACGCUCCCAAGGUGGAGGCUGAAGGGCGAGUAGUGGAAGUCGAGACGCCCGUUGCUAGGUUGCCGCCUGUUUGA